UUGCGCGGCACGAAACGCUUGGGUUUGUGUCACAUUGUCAAGACACCCAAAAUGGCAGGUCCAGAUUUAGUCAAAACUGUGGUGUACAUGAUUAAUAAUUUAUUACAGCAAGAAAAGUAUAAAGCUGCACUUGCAGUUGUUAAAGGAUUCCGAAAUGGUGCUGUUUAUGGGGCAAAAAUCCGGGCACCCCAUGCUCUUGUCAUGACCUUUCUUUUCAGAAGUGGAAGCCUGAAAGAUAAGCUACGAGCCAUUGUGAAGGCCACGUACCAACACUCGCGCAACCUCGCCUACUUUGUGUUCACGUACAAAGGACUGCAGGCCUUACAGGAGAGGAUCCAGGGGAAGAGUCUACAGUCUCAGUCCUUCUUUGCCGCCUGCCUCGGUGGCUGGUUGGUGUUUGGGGAAAACAACAACAUCAAUAGCCAGAUCAACAUGUACCUGCUGUCUAGGAUCCUGUUUGCCUUGUCUCGCCUGGCCGUGGAGAAAGGCAUUGUGCCACAGCCCAAGCGGGACCCCUUCCCCCUGUUUGCUACCCUGGUGUGGGGCAUUGUGCUGUGGCUGUUCGAGUACCACCCCCACACCCUGCAGCCUUCACUGCAGUCCUCCAUGAACUACCUCUACCACGACAGCAACGUGUGGCACGAUAUCUCAGACUUCCUUGUCUACAACAAGCCAAGGACUGUCGCUCCCAAGUGAGCUAAAGCUAAAAUAAGCAUCUCAAUAGACUAAAGUGUCUUCCUCGUCUCCUUUCCUUCAUCUGGUCUGAAAGAACUGGACAGGGUGGAAAGCAAAUUCCCAGUAUGACUUUAGACUGUUGGGAUGCAUGCCUGGGCCCGUAUUUGAAGUGUCUCAGAGUAGGAGGGCUGAUCUAGGAUCAGUUUUGCCUUUUAGAAAAUAAUGAAUAAGAUGAUACAUA